CGUGAUGUUUGUCAUAAGUACAGUGCGAUGAGGGCAGAUGUAACGGUGCCCACGGCUCCGAAAGCAAUAGAGAUAGUACCACAUCAUGUCUAGCUAUUUUAUUCACCCUUACAACCGACGUCUAGGUCGAUAAAAUCGCUUAAAAUAAUGGUGAAAUGAAAUGAGUCCUGUUAGGAUCGACAAAGUACCAGGUAGUGAGCUCUUAAGGAAACAGCUUUAUUAGUUCAAGGAAGGAGAGGAGGAGAAAAUUAAGGAAGAAAGCAGGGAUGUUAACCAGAAGAGUGUUACGCUGGGGAACCAGAAAAUAAUAAUAGAAAUAUUAGAGCAAGAGAGAAAGCUGACGUACACCAUUUCGGUGGAUGACAUUUUUUUUUCGUAAAUUGAUUUUUUUCUAUGCAAAUUUGCCUCCACUGUGCUUGCUCUGAAGGUAAACGAAUAUUUGCGCCCUCAUCCACUUUCCAGCGCGCAGGAAUGAAGAGAUUUGCAUGCUAAUAAAGUCAGCUGUUUCCACGAGGCACACUUUCUUUCUAUUUUUCUUGUCCCUUGGAACUCGGGAUUUACGUGAAUGCCUUAAUUAAUGCGCGCAAGUUACUCUGUCCUCGCAUUGGUCUCUUCAUUACCAUAUGCAACACAAAUUCUGGAGUAGAAUAUGGCUCAGCACAUUGCGAUAUAAAACCCAAGACAGGGCGCAUUCACAGUAUCUUUGUAAGAAGAGUGCUAAAGGAGAUAUGGUUUUCAGUAGUGCACUGCUUGCUGGACUUCUAUACGGACACUUAACUAUCGUCACUGCCCAGUCCAAUAUAAUCUGCCUCAGCUCGGAAAGCUUCACCGCGGUGUUCGCCAGCAUUCUCGACGCAUAUCGGCCGAUCCUGGAAAAAGACGACCCGCUCUUCAUAGGAGACGGAGAUCCCCUGGGCAUCAUUGACCUACGCCGUGGAAGGGUGCACGGGCUGAACGGGACCUACUUCAGGGACGCUUUGACGGCAAGAUGCAACGAAUCGCACAUGGACCUGUUCUUCCCCCUCAGAGUGGAGAAACCUGGCAUCGUCUAUGACGUGAGGCAGGCGAUGCGCGAGCUGCCGCUGAGGGGUGAGCUCCACAUCGACAUGGACUUAAUCGAUUUCGACAUUGGGCUUCUGGCCGCGAAGAAGAAGGGACAAAGUCGACCUCUGGUGACGCAUCUGGACAUUCACAGACUGGACGGCUUCGGCAUCACCUUCCACCGUAUGGGCCUGCUCGGCGCGAUUCUCAACUUGGUCGUCGAGACGGCUCACAGUGUUUAUGGCCAGCCUCUCGAAGAUUUCUUCGAGAUUUUGCUAUGGAGGGCGUUGCAGAGAUACGCUGAUAACAAUCCACUCCCCAUAUAAUGUGCACGUCAUCUUUCCACCUGUUUAUUCUGUUGUCUGGCAUAUAGUAGCCAGCUGGAAUCUGCGGUUGUUAAGUUUCCUGUAUUGUCUUCGAUUUGUUCACUGCAUUAUUUCCUACGGUCAGGACAACCCUAAAUAAAGGCGCCGUAACAAAACCCUAAAGCUCCUUAUCAAAGAGCCAACCGCAUAUGUUUGACCCACGUCGUCAUAUAUGACGUCCUCCUGUGAACGUGCCUUGAAAACUUGCAAUACGUUCGCGCGUUCU